GCUUAGUUUUCCAAGCCCCCGAACGACGAUGGCCGACCACCGGCGCUUGAUGGUGCCUGACAACUCGCGCGCGGUCGUCGAGAUCGAGCGCCGUAAGCAGGCGGCGGCGCGCGCCGUCCUCCUCGAGAAGCGCAACAUCCGCCGCAACCAGAGCAAGAUGAACCAACGUCGGUACCGCGCCGAGCAGAAGGACCUGGUCACGUCGCUCGAGACGCAGGUAGGCAGGCUCUCGAACGAGGUCGCGCGCCUCGAAGGCCGCCUCGAGUACCUCCAGCGCGCCGUCUCCAACCUCUACGCCGACGAGAUGAGCAUCGUGUGCCAGUUCUUCGUACACUUUGCGAAUGGGUUGCAGCUCGACGCGGGCCCGCAGCACGAUUUUUUGCGCACGAUCACGGCCGACAACCUCCUGUACCUAGGCCAAGCAAGCCGAACCAAGCUCAUUGAGCAGCUCGAGGGCUACUCAUGUCAGUUUGCAUCGUUUCAAAUGCACUGCACGCUCAUUGAGGGCCUGCCCCACGCCAGCUCGGACAAGCUCCUCAAAGCCCACGCAGAGCUGCAGCUGGGCAUCACUCCCAGCACCAUCCAAGCGGUCUUUCCACACGUACAUCCUGACCUCGCGUCCAAGCUCACGGGCAAGAGCCUCCGCGUCUCGAUGAUGUUUGUCUUUUGCUUUGAUGUCGAUGGUAUCGUCUAUCGGCUCGACUCGGCGGCCGAGCUCGUCGCAGCGCUGGCGCUGCUCGUCUCGAGCGUCGAAGAGGCACUUCUCGUGCUCGAGGGCUCGCUGCUCACAGCACACGGCGAGAUUCUCUACGCGAUCUGA